CAAGCUUGGAAAAUUGAGGGUGUUAAGGAACCUUGGUAUGUUCUCUGGCAAUUACAUAAGAAAGUAGCUAGUAGAUUGAGAAGAUGGAACUUUCAAGAUUUUGGUAAUGUUCAUCUCAAGGUCACUGAGGCUCAAAUGAUGGUUGAUUCCUUAGAACAUCAGGUGAUCUCUAAUCCCUCACUUGAGAAUGAGGUGGCUAAGGCACAUACUUCUUUUCUUGGGGCUGUCUCUCUUGAGGAACAAUUUUUAUACCAAAAGCAAAUGACAUAUCCUUUACCAAUGAGGAUCGUUCACGCUUCCAUUAAGCACAGGAGGAACAUUAAUACCAUUCUAAAAAUUAAAUCCCAAAAUGGGGAUAUGAUUACUGAUGAAGAAGGUAUUGGUAACAAUGCGGUGAAAAUUUUCACUGAUUUAUUGACUUUUAACACCCAAGUGCUUCAUGUCAACUCUACUAUUUUUGAUGAAGAGAGGGAAUAUGUGGCUGGACUUUCUCCUGUCGAUGUUCCUUCCGAACAAGAGAUUUUCUUGGCUUUUAAGGAUAUAAAUCCUAAUAAGGCUUCUAGACCUGAUGGUUUUACAUCAGCCUUUUAUGUGCAUUGUUGGAGAAUUAUAAAAAAGGAG